CUCUGGAGUCUGGUGUAAACUGUAAAGUUGUAAACACUGAUCUCAAAUCUGUGAUUCGUUCAAUUAUUACUUUAUUAAAAUAUAAUAUUAGUAAAUAAAUUAACUUAAUUAAGUUAAUACCACCGCGCAUCCCGUACGAUUUGAUAUAAAUAUAUGUUACGAACAUUGUACUCUCUAAACUAUGUAUAGGACCUGAUUCAUUCGAAGUAACAAAGCUCAUUGUGUGAUAAAACAUUUCCGUGCGUCGUUCUCAAAAAUAAUCAUGUCGAACUUAAAAUUCGAAAUUGUAUCGUCACGUACUGUAGAAGGUGUGGAUAAGGAAAAUAAAUUUGUAGCCUAUAUGGUGCAAGCUAGACAGUCAAGAAUAAUCGACCCGGAGCCUGCCAAUGCUGAACGAAGAUACACCCACUUUCUAGAACUUUAUAAUGGUCUUAAGAAAGAGUACCCAGCAUCGCUAAAUAAUAUUUCCUUUCCACGUAAGAUUUUAGUUGGAAAUUUCGAUCCUAGUUUAAUAUCAUCUAGAUGUGCUGGUUUUGAGGUACUUCUAAAUUUAAUUGCAAAUGAGUCUCGGCUGAGGGACUCGAUGGCAGCCAUAGCUUUCUUUCAAGAUGUAGAAUUAAAUGAAGCAAGGCGUCUUAUUGGUGAAGAAAAAUAUGAUCAAGCUUUCUCAGUAUUGGAAACUAGUUUUAAGUUAUUAAGUAAGGUAUACACAGACAGAUCUCGAGUAGUACUAAGUGCACUGUGCCGUAUAGUGGCAUGUGCUGGCUGUAGUGGUGGUGCUUUGGCUGGCCCAGUUGAAAGAUGGGCACAGCUUGCCCUGAGAAGAUAUGAAGCUGUUAGUGACUCUGACCUACUUCUCAUGUAUAUUCCAUUGCUUCACACUUGUAUAUCUAUAUGGGAGAUAUUGGGUCGUGAUAAAUCCAAGCUGGUUGAGGAGUUAAACAGUCUACGAAAACGAGGAAUGAAAGUGGAUUCCGUACCAAGUCUAAUGGAAGCCAUUGACAAUUUAAAUACAUCAGUAUAACACUAUUGCAUAAGUAAGUGAUUAUACAAAUAUGUACUUGAUCUGUAUUUGACUAUUCAACUUUUUUUUUAUAAUCUGUAUAAAUUCUUUAUUUAUUAAUCUAUUUUGCAAUUUGUAAGAAAAACUUAUUGCUAUUUAUUAUAUAUUAUAAGUGUCAUAUAAUUUUAUCAUACUAUAAAAUUGACAUCAAAUGUUAAUUCACAUCAAAGUUUGUGAAGUUAGUUAUAAGCAUAAAUAUGUAUAUAAAAAUGACUAGUUACAAUUUAAGCGUUAUAUAAUAGUAACUUUAAAAAUGUAAACCAAAACAAUGCUUUAGCUAUGUUAUCACUAAGUUAGUGCCUACAAUUGUGAUAUUUUUAAUUAACUCUCAAUUUAUUGAGCAGAAAUUUGCAUUGUCUAUGACUACUCACGAAUCUAUGAUAAGAACAGAUACAAAACUAAACGUAAUUGUGACAAGUUUUUUCCUUUUUUGGAAUUAAUUAAUAAAGAAUAUAGGGUUUGAAAAAAAUAUCAUUUUAAAAGUUACUGUAAAAUAUAUUUUAAAAAAGCGACUAAAUAAUGUAAUUAUUCGCGUUUAUAGAAGGUAAAGUUGGUUUUGCAAUGGAUUUCUUAACUUAAACUCAAAAGUCACAUUUAAAAAUUAGUAUCCAUUGAUAUUGUUCCAUAAUUGAUCUGAAUAUGAAUAGAUAACAUACAACAUAUGUUGUCUAAUUUUUACCGACAUUAACAAUUCCAUGUGUCGUGUAAUACCUAUAUUUUCCUCUCAAUUUAUCUAUCUCGUGGAUUUAAUCAUGAUAUAUUAUUGAUAUUAUUUGUUAGGUGACGGUAGCUAUUUUAUUUUGUAUUAAAAUUAUUUUUACAAUGUUUAGAGUAUUUAACUGUUUGCUAUGUAUUAUUAUUUCUUACUAUGAUAUAUUAAAAAAUGCUUGUCGAUUGUAAAAAUAUGGAGACGAAAAAUUAACUAUGCGUAAUAUGCUAGACACGCUUUAACGUUUUUAAUUUGAAUAAAUAUUGUAAUAACGUAGAGUUUCGAAGGUUCAAAACCUCUUAAGUCUUAAGCAAGAGGUCAUGAAUGGUCUAAAUUUUAUCCAUAAGACGAAUUCUCCGUAUUAAACAAUAAGCAAUAUUAUAUGAAAUUCACAGCACUGAAUCAUAGUUAACGUUUUAUACAUUUGUAGCUCAUAUACAUAACAUUAUGAAAUAAAAUAUACA